AUGUCUGGCGAGGCACGACCCAUCGACGCCGAGCAAUUCGCACUGGCAAUCCAAGACCUACCAGUGGAGAACCUCUAUUCCAAGGCGAACGAAAUCAACAACUCCAUUACCCACCUCGAGGGCUCGAACAGACAGCUUCAAGAAUACAGUGACAGUAUUCGAACCGACACUAGCCUGCCAGAGAGCACAAGACAAGAGGGAGACAAGGACUGCCUGGAAGCGAUUCAAGAGAAUUUGAUCGUCAUCCGUCGGCAAAAAGAUCGGAUCGGCCUGCUGAAGCAGGAAGUCGAGCGAAGAGGUGGGAGAUGGCAUGGGGGAGGAAGUGAAUCCAAUGGAGAAGGAGACGGGGAUGAUGCAGAGAGACCGCAACAGACGGCCACAAAUGGCGCUGCUACCACUGGGGGCAGAUUGACGGAUGAGCAGCUACAACAGCAAUUGCGGGAUAGGAUGGGGGAUGAUGAUGCCGAUGAUGCCGAUGGAAUGCAUCUGUGA